GUCUAUCAAAUAAAGGUAAUUUAAAAGAAGAAGAAGAAAGAAAACUUGCUUGUCAUUCAAAAGCAGCAACAGAAAGUAAAUUUCAUUUAUACGAAAGAAUUUAAGGAAAAAUUAAGCAAGAGUAUGUUUGGUCGUCAAAGUCUUGGUUCGGGAGGUGGAUCCAGCGGCUCUAAUUUGGUCGAAUUUCGUGCUGGAAGAAUGAACUUGAUUGGAAAAAUGGUGCAUCCGGAUACCCGCAAGGGUUUGGUGUAUUUGACACAAUCCGAGGAUGGCCUAAUGCAUUUUUGCUGGAAGGACCGUACCUCUGGCAAGGUGGAAGAUGAUUUAAUCGUAUUUCCCGAUGAUUUCGAGUUUAAACGUGUCGAACAAUGUAAAACUGGAAGGGUUUAUGUCCUAAAGUUUAAAUCAAGCUCUCGUCGUAUGUUCUUUUGGAUGCAAGAACCGAAGACCGAUAAGGAUGAAGAACACUGUCGCCGUGUCAACGAGCUCAUGAAUAACCCACCAUCCGCUUCUCGUGGUGGUCAAGAUGGAGGAGAUUUGCAGUAUAUGUUGAAUAAUAUGUCACAACAACAAUUGAUGCAAUUAUUUGGGGGUGUGGGACAAAUGGGAGGUCUUAGUUCAUUAUUGGGAUCAAUGAACCGUUCUUCGGACAGCACCCGAACCCCCUCCUCUAAUCGCAAUAGUUCCAGUAAUGCUGCUGGCCUUGUUACACCUGAAAACUCAUCUGCUCCCCGCACCCCAUCAGCACCCAAGGCCAAUAAAAAUAAAAGCAGCAGCUCGACCGGUGGGACCUCUUCGGAGACAGGCGCAGCAGCUAGUGCUUCGGCUACAGGUGGUAAGAAAUCUUCAAAUUCCAACUCUCCCAACAAUGCAUUCCAAUCCUACUUAUCAAACCUCUCACCCGAAGCUGGCGCUGGACGUACUCUCAACAUUGAUCUUUCCACCGCUUUGACUGGCUCGGAGGCCGUAAACGAUUUAAUAUCGGAUCCCGAGCGUGUUAAUUCUCUCUCCGUUCACCUGCCUGAAACCGAAGAUGCUGAUGAAAAUAAGAAACAGCAAAUAAAGGACACUAUAGCCUCCCCGCAAUUUCAGCAAGCCUUAUCGCUUUUUUCCAGUGCCUUAGGAUCGGCACAAUUGGGCCCAGUGGUAUCACAGUUUGAGUUGUCCCCCGAAGCUGUGGCAGCUGCGUAUUCGGGAAAUCUGGAGGAUUUUGUCAAAGCUUUGGAAAAGGCUUUACCCGCUGGUGCAACCAUGUCCCCCACCAGUACAAAGGGCAAAGAUACCACCGAAGUAAAAAAGGAAGAAAGCAAUGAAUCUGCCGAGAAAAAAGAAUAACCAUCGCCGUGGCCAUAAUCACUAAAUACAUCUAUGAAGGGGACGCUUGCGUCUUGAACAUAAAGUUAAUCGGUUAAUUGUUUUCAAAACAUUUUUUUUAUUUGUAUUAUCUCCAUUCGAAAUCUUGUUAGCAAACUAGGCGUUCUCUCUUUUCUAAAGACUGAGAAACAAUUCUAACGCAUAUAAAUAACACCAUCACACAUGCAAAAAUAUGCGAAGCGCUUGUAAACUUUGCCUCUAAUAAAAACAAUAUUCAAUAGAA